CUUCGGGCGCCGCUCUGCCGGUCUGCGCGCUCCGCAUUUCCUUCUCCGACAAUUUCGAUGUUUGAUACACGUGCUCUCGGUUAAUGUCGAAAGUAAUUUUGCAGGGAGGAGCACAGCGGAUCGUUUGCACGUAGCUCGUUAUGGGUAAACCAGCAUUUUCACCAGGUGGAGGUAGAGGAGGAGGAGGAGGUGGCCGUGGUUUCGGAGGCGGUCGCGGCGGUGUCCGUGGAGGUAGACCAAGUUUCGGUGAAAGUCGGGGAGGCGGCAGAGGUGGAGGAAGAGGCAGUGGUUUUUCUCCACGUGGGGGAGGCCGAGGCCGAGGAGGUGGAAGGGGUGGUGGGAGGGGCGGAGGAGGAGGAGGCGGCGGUGGUUUUAAAGGUGGAAAGAACGUGAUAAUAGAACCGCAUCGCCACGAAGGAGUAUUCAUAGCUAGAGGGAGGGAAGAUUCGUUAGUGACCUUGAGCUUGGUACCUGGGGUAGCGGUAUAUGGAGAGAAAAGAAUCAGCGUUGAGUCUGACAAAGCUGGCGAGCAAUCGGCAGCAGGCGAGAAGAUCGAGUACAGAGUGUGGAAUCCAUUCCGGUCUAAAUUAGCCGCCGCCAUCCUCGGAGGCGUCGAUAAAAUUUUCAUGGCCCCUGGAAGCAAGGUGUUAUACCUGGGCGCAGCAUCGGGUACCACUGUGUCUCAUGUCGCUGAUAUAGUUGGCCCACAAGGAACUGUCUUUGCCGUGGAAUUCUCCCAUCGAACGGGGAGAGAUUUGAUUGAUGUUGCUAAGAGAAGAAGCAACAUCAUACCUAUAGUCGAGGACGCGAGACACCCUCACAAGUACAGAAUGCUUGUAGGAAUGGUAGACACUAUAUUCUCGGACGUCGCACAGCCAGAUCAGGCUAGAAUUGUCUCGUUAAACGCGCAGAACUUCCUCAAGAGCGGCGGACACUUUGUCAUUUCUAUUAAGGCAAGUUGUAUAGACUCAAUCGCUAAGCCUGAAGCGGUGUUUGCGACAGAAGUGAAAAAAUUACUUGAAGACAAUUUGAAACCAUUGGAACAAAUCACGCUCGAACCGUAUGAGAGAGAUCACGCCGUUGUGGUCGGCGUCUAUAGGCCACCACCGAAGGGUUUCUAAAAUUAUGUAUAUAGAUACGUGUAUAAGAUACCUUAUUGAAAAUAAUGAAAUAAUGAAGA